GCCGUUCUUGAAUCACUCUCAGCUUUCUCCUCCUCAAUUACUAACCCUAGAAUGGUAGCCCCUCUCACAGCCCCCUUUACCCACCUCGCCGUACUGCCGUCAUCACUCUCAGCUUUCUUUAUUUCUCUUUCAUAAAUUCAAUUUCUGUACUUGAAUCUUGAACACCAGCUGUGAUUCAGUGUAUUCGAUCAUGUUUCUACCCACGCCUCAACAACUCAUCCCAUUCGUCUUUUCCGAUUGAUCUGAAUAGGUGUUACUUUCGGCGCCGGCGGUAGGGUUGGCGGAAGAUCAGUUGACAGCGGUGUAGCUUCGAACCACUCACGAUUUUACACCUCAAACCUUUCACUGUCAUGUCGUCCUUCUUACUCCUUCAAAACCGGGUACGAAUCGUUUAAUAAUCUUUCCUCAGUUGUCAAUCUUUUCAUCUGUAAAUCUGUAAAGAAAGCUUUCAAAAUUCAAAAAUUGAUUGUUCAAAUCCUGGCUAUAAAUACCCCAUUGCCUGAACUGCCACUCAUCUCAUUUCUGUUUCCCAAUUUCUACAUCUUGAAAUUACUUGUCUUUGCAAUUUGCAAUUCCACUUCUCUCACUGAUUUCACUGACCUUUUUCAUUUAUCCUUUUCCAUGACUGGAUACAUGAGUUCAAUUCGGAGCUUAUGCCCCGGUAGAGAAUCAUGGAAGAUCAGAGCAAGGGUCAUAAGGAAGUGGGAGAUAGCUCCUACCUCUGAUCCUGCCAAACCAUAUGCUCUGCAACUUGUGCUUAUUGAUUCUGAGAUGAUGGAAUGUUGGUACCAGUCUGUUGAGGAGAGAAUAUCAGCUUCAACAGUAUGUCCUCCUUCACCAAAGGUUGUGCAUGAUAGGUGUAGCUGAUGAUUCUUGUGAUUGAUUUCACAGAUGAUGAGUAUGAUUUAGAAAAUGCUCUCAAGAAAAUGCUUUCAAGAGAGUUGUGUCAUGACUUGAAGAUGGCUUUGGCAUGAAGGAUGCAUCAAGUUCAGUCUUAUAUGUUUUGAGUUUGUUCUUGCCGAGUUACUGUGGUGUUUUGGUUGAAUGACUACAGAUAAUUAUCUUAGCCAGUUUCGUUCAAGCAUACAAGUGCCGGAGUUUCACAUAAUAUGGCUUCAUUUGAAUUAGCUGAAGUUACAGACCUUUGGACAUUCUCUUCAAUAAUAUUGAUGACAUUCAUUGUUUGGUGUUGCUUUUUAUUGCAAUUCCUUGCUAUGCAUAUAUUUUUUGUGUCUAAAGUAACACAUACUGAUGAUUGUUGUAGUUCUUUCUUAGCCGAUUGUAACACACAUCUCUAUAUGUUUUAAAUUUGAGUCUUCACUUCGGACAAUGAAACUAUAUUUAUAUACCCUCAUUCUCAUUUAUCUAUGUAACUUAUCUCUUUAAAAUA